ACAAUAAAGGGCCAAAUAAUACUUUAUUCAAAAAAUUUUCUAUGAAUGAUAAAUAUUUAAUUUAAUACACGAAAAAUUCAUAAUUAUGUAUAAUAAUUUUAUUAGGUCUCCAAGUCCUGUACGUCGAGUUAGUUCAAUAUUAUUAUCCAGAGUUCAAACUUCUAUACCCAGGGUUUCUCGGGGUUUUCACAAAACUACAACUUCUACAACUCGUAGAAUUUUAACCCCUUCCAUUACCACCACACCAUUCCAAAAUUCGUGUGUUACUCCUUCUUUAGGUGCUUUUACAUCUCCUUAUUUACGUUCUUUUCGACCAACAACAGCUCGAAUAUCUUAUCACUUUUAUAAUACAAGUGCGGUUCAACAUCAAGAAGAAAGUGCUCAUAAAAAAGUGAUAGAUGAAACUCGGGAUCUCAUAUUUGCAGAUGUCCCUAAGGUCGAUGUUAAAAAAGUUCUUGUAGUAGGAUCUGGUGGUCUAUCUAUAGGUCAAGCUGGUGAAUUCGAUUAUUCUGGUUCACAAGCCAUUAAAGCUUUACGAGAAUCAGGCGUUAGCACGAUUUUAGUUAAUCCAAAUAUUGCCACCAUCCAAACAUCACAUGCCUUAGCCGAUAGUGUAUAUUUUCUCCCUGUCACAGUCGAAUAUCUUACUCACAUUCUUGAACGUGAAAGACCAGAUGGUAUCUUAUUAACUUUUGGAGGUCAAACUGGGUUGAAUGUGGGUAUUAAAUUGGAACAAAUGGGAGUUCUUAAACGAUUGGGAAUUAAAGUUUUGGGUACUCCUAUUCGAACCUUGGAAGUGAGUGAAGACAGAGCUCUUUUUGCCGAUGCUUUGAAAGAAAUUGAUAUUCCUGUCGCUCAAUCAACUGCAGUCUCUACGAUUGAUGAUGCCCUUGCAGCUGCCGAUAAAAUUGGUUAUCCUAUAAUCGUUCGAUCGGCAUUUGCACUUGGAGGUCUUGGUUCUGGAUUUGCAAAUAAUCCUGAAGAACUUCACAGUUUAGCUGCUAAAUCUUUAUCAUUAUCACCGCAAAUUCUUGUUGAAAAAUCAAUGAAAGGAUGGAAAGAAGUAGAAUAUGAAGUUGUCCGUGAUGCUGCAAACAAUUGUAUUACAGUAUGUAAUAUGGAAAAUUUUGAUCCUCUUGGUAUUCAUACUGGUGAUUCCAUUGUGGUCGCCCCAAGUCAGACUUUGUCCGAUGAGGAAUAUCAUAUGCUUAGAACUGCAGCCAUCAAAAUUAUUCGUCAUUUGGGUGUAGUCGGUGAAUGCAAUGUUCAAUAUGCGUUAAACCCUGAAAGUCUUGAAUAUAAAGUUAUUGAAGUGAAUGCUCGUCUUAGUCGUAGUUCAGCUCUUGCAUCCAAAGCUACAGGAUAUCCUCUUGCUUUCGUUGCUGCCAAGAUCGCUUUAGGACACACUCUUCCAGAACUCCAUAAUGCUGUUACAAAAACCACCACUGCUUGUUUCGAACCAUCUUUGGAUUAUAUUGUUACAAAGAUUCCAAGAUGGGAUUUGAGCAAAUUCCAACAUGUUAAUCGUGAAAUUGGUAGUUCUAUGAAGAGUGUUGGUGAAGUUAUGGCUAUUGGUAGAACAUUUGAAGAAAGUUUACAAAAGGCCAUUCGUCAAGUCGAUCCUUCGUUCAAGGGUUUCCAAUCUUUACCAUUCCCUGAUCUUGAUAAAUCUCUUACAGUUCCAACUGAUCGUCGUUUAUUUGCAGUUGGGCACGCUAUGCUUGAAAAAAAUUAUACUAUUGAUCAAAUUCAUAACCUUACGAAGAUCGAUAAAUGGUUCCUUUAUAAAUUGGGCAACAUUGUAAACGUUGAACAUGACAUUAAACACGCCGAAAAACUUGAAAAUGUUUCCAAGGAAUUGUUACAAGAAGCAAAGAAGAAAGGAUUUUCGGAUGCACAAAUUGCUGCAAUGUUAAAUACUAAUGAAGAUCAAGUACGCAAAGUUCGAAAAGAGUAUGGCAUCACACCAUUCACCAAAAAGAUCGAUACCCUCGCAGCUGAAUUCCCUGCCAACACAAAUUAUUUGUACACAACAUAUAAUGCUUCAACACAUGAUGUUAAAUUCGAUGAUCAUGGAACCAUGGUUUUAGGUUCUGGCGUUUAUCGUAUCGGGUCAUCCGUCGAAUUUGACUGGUGUGGUGUAUCAGCUAUUCGUGCUCUUCGAGAUCUUGGACUUAAGACUCUUAUGGUUAAUUACAAUCCUGAGACCGUUUCAACAGAUUUUGAUGAAUGCGACAGACUAUAUUUUGAGGAACUUUCUUACGAGCGUGUAAUGGAUAUUUAUGAACAAGAAGCUGCUAGAGGAGUUAUCGUUUCUGUGGGUGGACAAUUACCACAGAAUAUUGCACUUAGAAUGCAUCAAAAUGAAGUUAACAUUUUGGGAACAAGUCCCGUUAGUAUUGAUAAAGCUGAAGAUCGAUUUAAAUUUUCCCAAAUAUUAGAUCAAAUUGGAGUGGAUCAACCUGAAUGGAAAGAAUUAUCAAGUGCUGAAGAAGCUGAGAAAUUUGCUGAUAAAGUUGGUUAUCCAGUUCUUGUUCGUCCUUCUUAUGUACUUUCUGGAGCUGCUAUGAACGUUUGUCAUACGCGUGAGGCUCUACAUGAGAAUCUCUCCGAAGCUACAUCAGUUUCACCAUUGCACCCAGUGGUUAUUACCAAAUUUAUUUCACCUGCAGCAGAAAUUGAUGUUGAUGCUGUUGCUUAUAAGGGUAAAGUUUUAGUCCAUGCCGUAUCUGAACAUGUUGAAAAUGCUGGUGUACAUUCUGGUGACGCUACUUUGGUAUUACCGCCUCGUGAUAUUAAUGAUCAUACUAUGGCUAGAUUGAAGGAAAUUGCUCAAAAGGUUGCCAAGGCUUUUGAGAUAACAGGACCUUUCAAUAUGCAAAUUAUUAAAAAGGACAACCCUGAUGGAGAAUCAGAAUUGAAGGUUAUAGAAUGCAAUCUUCGUGCUUCCCGAUCAUUCCCAUUCGUAUCAAAAGUACUCGGUACAAAUUUCAUCGAUGUUGCAACUAAGGCUUUGUGUGAUAAGAAUGUUCCGGAACCAGUUGAUCUUAUGGCUGAGAAGAAAGAUUAUCAAGCAGUUAAAGUGCCACAAUUUUCAUGGACACGUCUUCAGGGAGCUGAUCCAUUCCUUGGAGUUGAAAUGGCAUCAACAGGAGAAGUCGCAUGUUUCGGUAAAGAUAAAUAUGAAGCAUAUUGGUCAGCAAUUCAAUCCACACAAAAUUUCCGAGUACCUAAAAUUGGAGGUGGCAUUUUGGUUGGCAGAGAUGACUUAACCAACAAUGAUGAUUUUAUCACAGUAGCAAGCACUCUUUCUAAAGACUUGGGUCAUCCACUCUACACAAGUUCACCAAAAGUCACAGAAUACUUGGCACAAAAUAAUAUUAAAGCUACAACAUUAGCAUUACCAGAGAAUGAUAAGAAAGCACUUCAUCAAGUAUUCGAAAAUAAUAAUAUUGACUUUGUAUUCAAUCUUGCUCAAUUGAGAGCUUCUCAAACGACAGAUGAAAAUUAUAUUGCCAGAAGAUCUGCAGUCGAUUUUGGCAUACCAUUAGUUAAUGAUAGUAAAUGUGCUGUAUUAUUUGUAGAAGCUGUUAAAAGAAAGAGACAAGAAUCAAGUAGUCAAGCUCCUGGAGAACAUCCGUCCGAAGUUAAAAGUUGGUCAGAAUUUAUCGGAGGAAAAUUUUGUUAAAAAAUUAGGAUAAAAAACAAACUGGGUGGGAUAGAUGAAAAAUCAAUUUUGGACAGACAUUUUUUUUCAUUAUUUGUUAAAUAAUUACAACACUUGAAACAGACAAAAAAAAAACUUUAAUCAAUCAUCAAAAUUUUUUUAUUUUAUUAUACUGAAUUAAAAAAAAAAUGUAAUUUUUCAUAUUUUAUUGUUUCAGUUUUUUUAAUUGUAGA